CAAAUAACAACUCACACUUUCAUUUCCGCCCCAUAAACCCACCACCACACCAAAAGUCCUUUAGCUAGUAAUGAAGGAGCUAUGGACAACCAUGGCGUCUCUAAUGGCCAUUUACGCUUUCUCUCAAACACUCUUUACCACCAUCUUCCCACCCGAUAUUCGUUUCGCCUUCCUUAAACUCAUCAACCACUUCUUCACUUCCUUUUCUUCAUAUUACUACUAUGAUAUAACCGAAAUUGAAGGCGUAAACACAAACGAACUCUACAAUUCUGUCCAUUUAUACCUCUCAUCGGUCGCGACUUCCUCUUCCAACCGUUUGUCUAUCACUCGGAACCUUAACUCUUCAAAAUUCACGUUUGGGUUGUCCAAUAACGACGUCACUACUCUAACCGAUAUUUUCAACGGUGUAAUGGUCGCUUGGGAACAUACUGUAACAACCCGACAGCCUCAAAUGUUCUCAUGGCGACCAUUACCCGAAGAGAAACGUGGGUUUACUCUCAAAAUAAGCAAAAAACACAAACCUUAUAUUCUUGAGGCCUACCUUGAAUUUAUCAAUGAUAAAGCAAGUGAAAUCAAAAGAAGAAACGAGGACAGACUCCUUUACACGAAUUCCCGUGGUGGGAAUUCAUGGGAGUCUGUGCCUUUUAAGCACCCAAGUACAUUUGAAACGCUGGCAAUGGACCCAGCAAAGAAAGCGGAGAUCAUGUCUGAUCUCCGUGAUUUUGUUGAAGGUAAAGCUUUUUAUACACGCACUGGGCGUGCAUGGAAACGUGGGUAUCUUUUGUACGGUCCUCCUGGGACCGGCAAAUCCAGCAUGAUUGCUGCAAUGGCUAAUUAUUUAUCAUAUGAUAUAUAUGAUCUUGAAUUAACCGAGGUUCAAACGAAUUUAGAGCUUCGAAAAAUGCUUAUGAAAACAAGCUCAAAAUCCAUCAUAGUAAUUGAAGAUAUAGAUUGUUCGAUUCCUCUCGGAAACCGUGAUUUUGCUGAUGUGACUGCUGACAUGGAAAUAGAUGCCAACAACAAUAAUAAUUGUGUUACGUUGUCCGGAUUGUUGAAUUUUACUGAUGGGUUAUGGUCAUGUUGCGGGUCGGAGCGGAUAUUCGUAUUUACUACAAACCAUAUUGAGAAACUUGACCCGGCAUUGUUACGCAGUGGGCGGAUGGACAUGCAUGUGUUCAUGAGUUAUUGUACAUUUUCAUCAUUAAAAAUAUUGUUAAAGACUUAUUUAGGGUGUACAGUUGAUGACGUGGACAAGGAGGUGUUGCGGCAGCUAGAGGAGGUUACCGACAAGGCCGAGAUGACCCCGGCGGAUGUUAGUGAAGUUUUGAUUAAAAAUAGAAGAGAUAAAGGGAAGGCGUUGAGAGAACUAUUGGGAAUUUUGCGUGUUAAAGCGAAUAAAAAGAAAUGUCUGUCGCAGAAGGAGGCGGGGGAGGAGGAAGAGAAGAGGGAGUUAAAAAGGACGGAAGUUUGUGGUCGUCGUUCGGUGGUUAAUGGUGGUUGUAAGGUAGUAGAACGGUGGAAAGGAUUAGAGAGUAAUGGCAAUAAUUAUUAAGUUAAUGUUUUUGUUUUUUUUUUUUGUAUUUGGUUUUGAAGAAUUAAUAAAUUAAUUGUGAGGUGAGAAUUGUGGGGGAUAGACAUUGAGAAGUGGAAAACUGUAAGGCAAAUCAACAUUUGAUAACAUUAUGUCCUUUUUACUAUUUGCAAUUCAAUGUUAGUUGCUUUUGUUUA